AUAAGAGCUUAACUAUCUACAAUAAGUUAUAAACUAACUUUUUGAUCAAGCCUUAACUCGAACUUAGGGAACACGCUCCUCCGUUAAUAUCCUUUGUUUCCAUUGCUAAGAGAUUACGUAGUAACUUGAAAAUUUCGACAGAAUUUUGCGAACGAAGCAAAAUCAACAAAACCAUGAAGCUUAGACUUAGAUCAUUAGAAUCGAAAGAAACCCUAAAAAUUGAAGUUCCUGAUUCAUGUUCCUCUCAACAACUCAAAUUCACAAUUUCUCAAACCAUUCCUUCAUCUUCUUCCUCUUCUAUUCAUCUCUCCCUCAACCGAAAGGACGAAAUCAACGUCGCCUCCCCGAGCGAUUCACUCCACUCAAUCGGCAUCGCCUCCGGCGACCUCAUCUUCUACACUUUCAACCCUAACGCUUUCUCCCACAACGAAACCCUCCCUCAUAAACCCAACAACCAACCCAUCAUUCAAAACUCGCCGGAAAUCACCCCAAUUGACGAAAAGUCUCCGACUUUGAACACCCCAGAAGUGAAUGACACAGAGAUGGUUGAUGGGUCUGAUGAGGCGGCGACGGCGAUGACGAUGGCUGUAAAGAAUAAUCCAGAACCUGAUUUCGUGAAGAGGGUUAUUAAGGAAGCGCUUGGUGAUGAUGUUAGUGAUUUGAAGCUGUUGGUGUUUGCGGUUCAUGCUGUUAUUCUUGAAUCUGGGUUUGUUCGUGUGGACGAGGUUUCGGGUAUGGCGAUUAGUUGCUCUAAUCUUGUUGAUGAUAUGUCUUCUUCUUCUUCUUCUUCUUCUUCUUCUUCUUCAUCUUCAUCAAUGAUAUCUUUGAGGUAUACUCUUCCUGAGAUUCUUACCAAUGGUUCAUCUCAUGCUGUGAUAUUGAAAAUUCAGACUUUAGGGAAUUUUGUGAAUGUCUAUGGUUCAUUGUGUGAUGAUGCUGGGUCAAGGGUGCAUAGGGUUUAUUUAGAUAAAUCUAGAUUUGCUAAGCCUUUAGAAUUGAUGCUGGAAAAUUCUGAAUUUAAUGGUAAUUUUAACGAUGUUGGAGAUAAAGUUUUUGAAUUGUGGAAGAUAGUGAAAGAUGGGCUUGCAUUGCCACUAUUAAUUGAUCUUUGUGAUAAAGCUGGAUUAGAACUUCCACCGUGUUUUAUGCGUCUUCCGAUGGAGCUUAAGCUGCUGAUAUUUGAGUAUCUUCCCGGUGAUGAUUUGGCCAAAGUUUGUUGCACGUGUUCUGAAUUGCAGUACCUUGCCUCGAAUGAUGACUUGUGGAAGAAGAAGUUCGAGGAGGAGUUUGGACAAAGGGUGAAUGGUAUGAAGUUUUUUAAGAACUUGUUUGCUCAGUAUCGGGCAACAAAGAAGAAAUUAGAGCAACCAAUUCUUUUCCAAAAUCCUCGUCGGUCUGGUAUAAUGAGGUUCUUUCAAAGGAGAAGAUUUCCUAAUCGUUUUGGAAUGCCUCCAAUUUGGGGUGGAGAGUAUGAUCUGCAGCCAAAUUUCGGUGUAAAUCUCCCUGCAUAUGCACGAAGGCGUACUUUCAUUCCCCCGUGUCAUCUAGGAGAAUUUCAAUGAAUAAUCCUAUGAAUUUUGAGUUGCUGGUACUAAAUCGUUUUUAAUUAAUCUUUGGGUUGAAAAGACCUUGCUAGAGGGAAUAUAUGAUAAAUAACUGGCUGUGAAUGAUGUGAAGAGUUUUAUAAAAUGUUAUUAGGUCCUUUUGGUUAUACAUUUUGAAUAGAAUACAAGUAUUUAUGGCGUUAGUAGGACAUGGUUGUUUUCCAAUGUCUUUGUUCCCCCUCCUCUCUCUGUAUGUCUGUUAAUGUUUAGGUAAAACCAAUAUCUGUUCAGCAUAAGCAUGUAGAUGAUAAUGUUUCAGAAUAAUUUUUUACCAAUUAUGCUAAUGGAACCGCAUAUUUUUGCUGUUUAGA